UUUGAGAAUCUUGUAUCCAUGCAUGGAUGCAGUGACCCUUCAUAUAUGAUAACAUGCAAACCCUGCUUUUAGAACCCAUCAUUCUCACACCAACAAACCCACCAAAACAUUCAACUAACAACCUAACUAACUCAUCUCUAAAACCCUCAAACCCCACUCACCACAACACACUUCUUAAAAACCCUCCCACCACCACCACCUACGCCUCCGUUCUCGAUUCUUGCGCCUCCCUCACUUUUGGAAAACAGCUCCACGCUCACUCUCUCAAGUCCGGGUUCUGCGGCCAUGGCUUCGUACAAACCAAGCUCCUACAAAUGUACGCGCGCAACGGCUCUUUGGACGAUGCAUGCCAACUGUUCGACACAAUGCCGCUUAGAAACUCGCACGCUUGGACCGCAAUCCUGCGUGUUCACGUUGACCUGGGGCUUCUUGAGGAGGCUUAUCAAUUGUCAGAGGAGUUGAUACGUGAACCGACAUGCACGCCACUCGAUUUCUUCGUGUUCCCUGUGGUUCUGAACAUUUGUUGUGGUCUUGGAGAAUUGGAGCUGGGAAUUCAGCUGCAUGGCAUGCUUGUGAAACAAGGAUUUGUCGCGAAUGUUUACGUUUGCAAUGCGUUGAUUGAUAUGUAUGGUAAGUGUGGGAGCUUAGAAGAUGCGAAGAAGGUUCUAGAAGAAAUGCCUGAGAAGGAUUGCGUCUCGUGGAAUUCUAUGAUAAAUGCAUGUGCUGCCAAUGGAAUGGUAAAUGAGGCAUUUGAUCUUUUGAAGAACAUGUCAAAGAGUGGCUUAACGCCCAAUCUUGUUUCUUGGAGUGCAGUAAUUGGAGGAUUUUCACGGAACGGUUAUGAUAUUGAGGCAAUUGAGGUACUGUCCAAGAUGCUGGGAAGUGGUAUGAAACCGAAUGCGCAAACACUGGCUACUGUUCUUCCAGCUUGCGCGAGGCUACAACGGAUUAGAUUUGGCAAGGAACUCCAUGGAUAUAUCAUGAGGCAUGAGAUCUUCUUGAAUAGUUUUGUUGUGAAUGGAUUAAUGGACAUGUAUAGAAGGUGCUGCCACAUGGGAAGUGCAUUUAGAGUGUUUUCGAAAUUUUCAGGAAAGUGUGCAGCUUCUUACAAUACAAUGAUAGCUGGGUACUCUGAAAAUGGUAAAGUCUUGAAGGCUAGGAAGUUGUUUGAUCAAAUGAGGGAAGAAGGUGUAGAAAUGGAAAGAAUUUCAUGGAAUUCUAUGAUUUCAGGGUAUGUUGACAAUUUUAUGCUUGAAGAAGCCUUUAUCUUGUUUCAAGAUUCGCUGAAUGAAGGAAUUGAACCCGAUUCUUUCACUAUUGGAAGUUUGAUUAAUGGCUGUGCUGAUAUGGCUUGUAUAGAAACAGGGGAAGUGAUACAUAGCCAUGCGAUUGUUAGAGGUUUGCACUCCAAUAGUUUUGUUGGUGGAGCUUUGGUGGAAAUGUACUGUAAAUGCAAUGAAAUUGUGGCUGCGCAAACGGCAUUUUCUGAAGUGAGUGAGAGAGAUUUAGCAACCUGGAACGCUUUAAUCUCCGGCUAUGCACGCUGUAAUAGAAUUAGAGUGAUUGGAGAGCUUCUUCUGAGAAUGAAAGACGAUGGUUUCGAGCCAAAUGUGUAUACAUGGAAUGGUAUUAUAGCAGGUUACGUGGAAAAUAAACUUUACAAUUUGGCGAUAAAAUUGUUUAUCGAAAUGCAGAGUUUGAAUUUAAGGCCUGACAUAUACACAAUUGGAAUAGUUCUUGCAGCAUGCUCUAAAUUGUCCACAAUGGAAAGGGGAAAACAGGUUCAUGCAUAUUCCAUAAGAGCAGGGUAUGAUACUAAUGUUUACAUUGGAGCUGCCCUUGUAGACAUGUAUGCGAAAUGUGGCGGAUUUAGGUACUGCUAUGUUGUUUACAAUAGGAUAUCACUCCCUAAUUUGGUGUCUCACAACGCCAUGUUAACAGCAUAUGCGAUGCAUGGAGACUGGGAAAAAGGAAUCGCUCUGUUUCGCCAGAUGUUGGUGAGAAAGGUUAGACCGGACGAUGUGACUUUCCUAUCAGUUCUUUCAUUAUGUGUUCAUGUUGGAUCGGUCGAAAUUGGGCAUGAAUGCUUUCUAUUAAUGGAUACUUACAAUGUGACUCCCACACUGAAGCACUAUACUUGUAUGGUUGAUCUAUUGAGCCGUGCUGGUGAGCUCAAGAGAGCGUACGAGCUUGUGAAGAACAUGCCAAUGGAAGCUGAUUCAGUGACAUGGAGUGCUCUACUUGGAGGUUGUUAUAUUCAUGGUGAGGUUGAAUUAGGAGAAAUUGCAGCAAAGAAGCUCAUAGAAUUGGAGCCUCAUAACACUGGAAACUAUGUAUUGUUAGCAAAUUUAUAUGCUUCUGUUGGUAGGUGGCAUGAUCUUGCUCAAAUUAGACAAUUGCUGAAACAGAAGGGAAUGCAGAAGAAUCCAGGGUGCAGUUGGAUAGAAGAUGUAGACGGGGUUCAUGUGUUUCUUGCUGGUGAUAAAAGUCACAUAAGAUCAUCUGAGAUAUAUUAUACUUUGGAUAAUUUGACUAAUUUUAUUAGAACAAAGCAUAAUCAUCAUUUAUAACAUGGUAAAAUAGUUCAAAAUUUGUCAGGGUAACUGUAUAGAAUAUUCUUGCAUAUAUAUCAGAACUUAUUGUUUAUUCCUCAAUUGA